GUAACAUUGCUAUUAUAACCUCUAAAAGCCGAACAGCUGAUAGUGGACUGUAACAAUAUUUACAUACUAUUUUGUGCAAAAAUAAAUUGUUUGCUCACAAAUAUUACUCGAAACAAGUAUACGGAGAGGAAUCAUAUUGAUAAAUUAUAAGAGUGAAAUAGGUUUAAUCGGUUAAAGUUUUGUAUUUAGGUUCAGUAAAACGAAUUAACUGUUUACUGAAAUGCCACCAAAAAAGCAACCCGAAAAGGGAAAAGCAGCCGGAGGUGCUAAGUCCGGUGGAGGUAAAUCUGGCGGCGAUUCAAAAGAAUCUGCAGGAAAAGAGAAAAAAGGCGGGACAGCUGUCAAAGUACGUCAUAUUCUAUGUGAAAAACAGUCAAAAUGUUUGGAAGCUUUGGAAAAAUUGAAAGCCGGUCAGAAAUUUCCGGAUGUAGCGUCAGCGUAUAGUGAGGACAAGGCGAGGCAAGGCGGGGAUCUCGGCUGGAUGACUCGUGGUUCAAUGGUGGGGCCUUUCCAGGAUGCAGCAUUCGCCUUGCCCAUAUCUACAGUCAACAGUCCUGUGUACACUGAUCCUCCAAUCAAAACAAAGUUUGGAUAUCACAUCAUAAUGGUAGAAGGCAAAAAAUGACAGACAUGGUGUUCGAAUUUGAAUAUUUCUGGGCGAUAUUACUGCUAUUCAUUAUGGAAAGGAUUUGCUGCCUUCAGGAGCAAUUUGACAAAGAUUUCACUAUACUGCCCGACCCUCAGAGGUCUGAUGAGUCCCUAACUACUGAUAUGGAGGACUUUGCUAAUAGAGAGUAAGUAUAUUAUAUAUUGCUAGAACACCAUUAUGAAUUAUGAAUCUUUGAGUAGUUUAUUUAAUAAGGCCUACAUUUCUUAUUGGAAUCUUUGUGAUAUUCUAAAUAUCAUUCUUUAAUCAUUAUUGUUACAAUUUGAGUUGUCUUUAAUGUUAUAAGUGUAAAAUUAAUAUUGAUGCAUUAUUUCCAGUUUUGGUUUAAAGCUAAGCUUCCUCCGUCUGUGUCGUUUAAUGCAUGUCACAAUGCUCCUGACCCUUGUGUAUUUCUGCAAUGUAUGCCUUUGGUUCAUAAUGACUAAGAAACCAACGCCCAGGUCUCUAAGAUACAGGUUUAAAGUAUCCAUGCCAGGAUAAUGUAAUUUCAGAUCAUAAAUCUAAGUAAAAAAUCAUGACUUGACUAAGCAUAAUUGUUACUGUAACUUUUUAAAGUGCUGAAAUAAAUGCAAUUAUGUUGUUCAUGAA